AAUGCAGCUGACGGUAUGGGCGUAGAGUUUAUUACUGACGUAGGAUCUGGUAGUAAGAUCGAGCCUACACCCAUACAUAGUACCAAUACUGUCAUACCGCAUACACAGAGAGCCUCAAAUAUGGGGGGCUUGCAUGUACUCGAUGAGAGACAUAGUACACGUACAGAUGUAGAUACACACAUCGCUGUAUCGAACAACGAUGAUACGAAUAUUUCUAUACUGCCGGUGAAGAGACCGAAUAAGCGAGCUACGCUUAUACCAGGCAAAGUGACCGCUUGCAAUCUACUCAGCCGUAGUGAUGGUGGUGGUGGCAGUCAUUUAGCCGGUACCACGAGUGUUAGCGUUAACAAGGAUGAUACCGUAUACGAGGCUGACUUGAGUGAGGAAUUGGGAGAUGUCCUGGAAGCCAUACUCUGUGUGUGGCAAUGUAUCGCCUGUGGUCAUCUCUUCGAAAAUGCUGACACAGAUGAGGUGGAGCGUCCUAAGGUGCAUCCCUGCACAGUGGACCCCAACGUGCGCCUGGCGUGUUGUAAGACGUGCUACAAAGCAGUGAAGAACAUGCAGUUCACAGUCGACGACGAGGGGAUGGAGAACGAGUGCCAGGUGUGCGGUGACUGCGGGGACAUCUUCUUGUGCAGCAAGUGCCCAAGGGGCGUGUGUCAGUUGUGUAUUGCUCGAAAUAUGGACCACGAAACCCAGGCCCUGGUACAGGACG